CUAUUGUCAUUCUCAAGCAUAUUUUUUUGUUCCUUGUGGUUCCAGGCGAAGCCGUGCCUGCGCACUCCCUUUCCUGCGCUCUUACUGGCUAAUGGGGCCGGUAUAAAAAGUGACGCGUACGCACCUCAUUCCAUUCAACUCGCAUCUUUUGUCUCUACCAAUUUUUUCUCAUUCAUUCUGUUGCCUUGAGCUACACCGCAUCAUUCAUAUAACUCUCUUCAAGACAACAACCAUACAUAUAGCACAAUAUGGCCGACAGUAGCAGUAGCAAGUCCAAGGGCAAGCUUGUCGAGAAUGCCUCUAUCACUGCACCUGAUGUCGACCCGGAGCACGAUCCCGCCACCGCUAUUCUUCGCAAAAAGAGCGCCCCUAACAAGCUAAUUGUCGACGAUGCCACCAACGACGACAAUUCUGUCCUCGCGCUCUCGACCGCCACCAUGGAAAAGCUGCAGUUCUUCCGUGGAGAUAUGGUCCUCGUCAAGGGAAAGAAGCGUCGUGAUACUGUUCUCAUUGUGCUGGCUGACGAUAGCGUUGAGGACUCAAAGUUGUCCGCAACAACCUUCGCGUCCGUCUCGGAGAUGUUGUCUCACUUCACACCUGCACCGACAUUAAGUACGGCAAGCGCAUCCACGUCCUGCCCAUCGACGACACCGUUGAGGGUGUCACUGGAAAUCUAUUCGAAGUCUACCUGAAGCCAUACUUCUUGGAGGCCUACAGACCUGUUCGCAAAGGAGAUUUAUUCCUCGUUCGUGGUGGUAUGAGGGCUGUUGAAUUCAAGGUCGUUGAGACUGAUCCCGCCGACUAUUGUAUUGUAAGUGUCCGGCUAUCAUUGAUG